AUGGCACUGUCGCAGUGGAAGGAAGCUAUUCUCGAAGGGAUUCUCAUGGAGAUCGAGGAAGGGGUCGUAGAGGAGAAGAAUCUCGAGCGGUUGGAGAAUCUAGUGGAGAUCUUACGCAAGGAAGGUUCUAAGGUGCCGGAAUCAGUGAAGGAAGCGUUUUGUCAAGUCGCCGUGGAGUGCACAGCGAGGUGUCUCGCUAAUGAGAAAGACGCAAAAGAGGCUUAUACUGAAGCAAUCAGAUCGAUAUGGCUCCGUAGGGUAUUGCCUCUAUGCGAUAAGGUUAGUUGUUUGGUCACUCGUGACCUCUUGAAUAGCUGUCGAAGAUUAUGGACGGCCCACAAUGACGCAAAAGCUUGUGAGACUCUGAUGGGUGAGAAAACGAGAGACGAAGCUCUGGUUUCUUUGAGGAAGGUCGUUUCAGAGCUGCAUCCCAACCUUGAUUCUGCCUAUGGUGAUAGAAAUGAGGACAUGGAUGAAUCGGAAGAGGGUGAAUCUAGCGAAGAAAGUGGAGAGACAGAGCCAAUGGUGGAUGAAGCAAGAGAGCUAGUGGUCAAUCAAAUCUCCGAGACGUCUGAAGCUACGGAGGAAGACCAAGAGAGCCCCUCAGAAGCUAAAUCUCCACCCCGUCAAUUCAAGACCAUUUCCUCUGCAGUGGUUAACAAAGCAAUCAGAAAGCUUAGAGAUAGGAAAAUGGAUCUGAUGGAGGCUUUAGGAAAAGGAAGUUCUUCAAACUUAAACAAUGAUGUUGCAAAUCCUUCUGCAACAAACUCUUCACCAAGACCUAGCUUGAUGGAGCGACGUGCCACAGCGCAAACUUAUGAGUGGAAAGACUCAAUUGAUGAUUCAGAAGGAGAAAUGGGCGAUGAUGGUGAAAGGAACAAGAAAUCAAAACGUAACAGAGUUGUUGUGCCUCCUUUGAAGAAAAACCAAGGUGGUAGAAGAACGACAGUUCCUUGGACUACUGCAGAAACGCUUGCCUUGCUGAAAGGAUAUGAAACGCAUGGUACAAACUGGAAGCGGAUCAAAGAAGAGAGUUCAGUUCUAGAGCGGAGAACAAAUCGUGAUCUUAAGGAUAAAUUUCGAGUUGAGAUGAAGAGGAAAGACCGCCAACCUUGA